ACACAUGAAGUACCCAGUUAUGGCCUCAUUGCCUCACACAUGGUCAAGGAGCGGUAGCUCUCAAACCCACAUCUAAAGCAUGUCUCGCAGCCUUUUGCGCACGAUCCAUAUGCGAUGGCAAAGACCGCUCCCCCUUCAGCAUGUCGGUCAAAUUGCGGAUGUCCGCCCAUUAAUUCACAGACCAUCCAGCCUCUUCAUAUCUUCUCCCGGGAUUCCUCUGCUCCGUAUCCCCAGGUGCCAUGCUUGAUCGCGCUCUCACUGUCACCGCCUGCAGAAAAGAAGAAGCCCUCGCUGCCCCCCAUCCUCCACGAUUUCUACCUUCUCCCAUUCGGCCCGUUGGCCUCCGUUGGUACGGGCGGUCAAUCCUCACUGCCUACCUUACCUUCAUGGAUGCCGAGCAGUAGCGUAAACAUUUGCCAACGGAGGGUCCCGUACAGCCGUAGUCAGAUUCCGCAUAAGCCUUUUAGUCUGAGAUCGGUGUAUGAAUAAAUCAAUCAAUCAGUCAAUCAAUCAUGGAUGCCGAGUUGAACAAUAUUCGGUCUCCGUCCUCGUGCGCGCCGUGAUAAACGUUGGUGGCGCGGGGCUCAGGACGACGGAGUUGA